UGUUGAUCACAUGACAUUUGGGGAUGACCCAGAUAAGGAUGCAGGGUGUUAAAAAAUGAGACAGCGGUCAGGAUAUUUACCAAACAUGAAAAGCCGAGAGAACAGGAAGUAAUUGCUACAUAUACACAACGUGGAUCAAAGUUACAAGGCCACAACAAGAUCUAGGCAAUACAAAUUUGAACACUGCCAAACGAGGGUGUCAACAACACAUCUGACCCCGACCCUCAGUUAGCCACUAAACUACCACCAGGCCGCUCUACCAUUAGUACAGGUACCACAUCCAAAAUGGUAGAUCCUUAUGCCAUUUAUAAAGAUCCACUAGGCUUACGCCCUCAUGUGGUGGAUAUCGACACCUUAACAAGGUGGAACAAGACAGAGGUACCAGCCUAUGAAGAAGUAAUAGAUAAUUCUACUCAGACUGUGCCAUUUCCAUAUAGAGAAGAUAUUAAUGCCAAAGUGGUGCUGUGGCCAGGUGAUGUGACACGUCUCGGUGUUACAGCUAUGGCACAUCCAACCAACGAAGCUAUGAAUGACAGGAAUCCACUCAGUGAUUUAAUGUAUGAGAUAGGUGGGCCAGAACUCAGGCAGGAAGUGAAACAUUUGAGAGGAUGUAAAACUGGCGAGGCUAAACUCACCAAAGGCCACCAGUUACCCGCCAGAUAUGUGAUUCACACAGUGGGUCCCAGAUAUAAUCUCAAGUACCACACAGCUGCAGAGAGUGCGCUGUUCUGUUGCUAUAGGAAUGUCAUGCAAAUUGUCAAAGAAAAUAAUCUUUCUUCCAUAGCUUUUCCCUGUAUACACUCACAAAGGAGAGGCUAUCCAGUGGAGGAAGGAGCCCACAUAGCACUACGCACAGUUCGUAGGUUUUUAGAGAAGCAUGGUGACUCUGUGGACACAGUUAUAUUUGCAGUAAUGGAACACGAGGAGAGUAGAGAGCUGGAGACAUGGAGAGUACUGUGCAGCCGAGAGCUGGUAAUACUAAGAUGAUAGUUUCAGUGUGGUAGACAUUUAAUUAUAAAGAAGUGGUGUAGGAAUUAGUUUCACUUUCUGUGAAUUUUUUUCUUGUUGUGUGGUGUCGCAUGCUUUCUUUUUCUCUAGGAAAAGAUACAUACUAGUACUUUUAAGAGAUAUACUCUUACACUAUCCUUCAUUAAAAGUCCCUAUGCAAAUUGCUUUUUUGAAUUUUGAUACUUGUGAUAUAUCUCAUCUGACACAUUUAAGUUAAUGUUACGCAUGGUCACAUUUGUGUUUAUAUAUGGUAGCAGUAAUCAUUAGCAUGUUGAGUUGAAUUAUUUUUCUGAGAGAGAGAGGGAGAGAGAGACUCACACUGCUUGUACCUACAGGAUAACCUUAAGA